UGUGAAGUAAAGUAUAAAAGAUAAGAUCCUCGUUGAUCCUCACACAAUCUACACUGAAGUCUUGAAAGUGAAGAUUUAACAAAAAGAUUCAUCAUGGCAGUCAUGAGAGCUCUUGUGCUGCUUUUCUUGGUCUUUUCUGUUGAGAGUGCACCAGCUAAAGAGAAAUGCCCAAAUGGAUGGACACCUUUUGGUGUGCAAUGCUACAAAUUCUUCUCUCGGUCAGUUAAAUGGGUCACAGCUGAGAAAAACUGUCAAUCUGUUGAUGCAAAUCUUGCAUCUGUGCAUAAUAUAGUGGAAAACAACUUUCUCCUGAGUCUGCUUGUGUCUGCUAAAACACGUGCUUGGAUUGGUGGCCAUGAUGGUGAACAGGAAGGAGAAUGGCUGUUGACUGAUGGAUCUCAAUUUGACUUUACCAACUGGUGCUCUUCACAACCUGACAAUCAUGGUGGUACAGAGCACUGCCUGGAGAUAAACACACACGAUAGCCAUUGCUGGAAUGAUGUACCCUGUUCAAACACAAUGGGCUACAUUUGUGCCAAACCUCUGAGAUCUUGAAAAUCAAUCUGUUUCAAAAGUACUAUAUGAUUGUACUACAGCCUAUACAUUUUUUGUGAUCUUAUGUUUAAAAUCUUUAAAAUAUGAAAAAAAUGACAACUUCUCAAAUCAAUAAAAGCAUUUAUAAAGCAAAUGCUGUGCAUUGUGGAGUCACAAUGUAGCCAUGUUAAAAGUUGCUUUUAUAUUUAAAAUAUAUCAGAGAAUAUUUUUUUUCAUAUCUAGACUAUGUUUAAAAAAUGUACCUUAUGGCACUAAUACAGUAUCUUAUCAUACUUGUUAUGCUAGUCCUACAGUUUAAACUUGCUGUCAUGCUAUCAUUAGGGUUUUUUCCACAUAAUCAUUUUAAGAGAAAAAAAUCGUCAUCAAAUUAAAUACAGUAAAAAACAAAACAACAAUAGAGAAAC